UGAAUCAUUUCCGAAGACAAAUUUGAUAACAAGAAUCAAUAUUACACGAACAAGUUCCAUUUAUUUCCUGCCAACCCAGUGGUUGAAUUAAAUUGCCAUUCGUGGAAAUCAUAUAAGGUAUUCUUCGUUCUGUGCCAAUAGGGUAGAAUUAUUUUCCUCGAAGGAAAGUUUUUUGGGCCUAGAAAGUGACCUCCACGAGAAUGAAAGAUUUAACCCUGGCUUCCAGGCUUUUUGUCCUUUUCUAAGGGCUCUGCCCUCCGUCCUUCCAAACUGUCAGCGAGAAGGUUAAAUUCUAGGACCCGGGAGCCGUAUACAGGAUGGGCAUCCGUCCCUCCCCAGGGACAGGGUGGCGGGCUCACAGCUCAGCGCGCAGGGAGCGCGCGCGGCAGGGAAGGUUGCGGGCCGCCGCACAUUCUACGCACGCGCGGGCGGCCGCUCCGGCCCGGCAUGCCUCCCGCGGGCGAGACGCGCGCCGGCAGUCUAGGCCGCAGUCAGCCUCGGUGUCCGGUCUUGUGGCGUUGUGUUGCUGCCGCGGUGCGGUUCGCGGCCGCUUUCCAAGCGCGGGAUGUUGCUUCUGGCGUUGGGCGUCCGGCGGGCCUCCGGAUUGCGGCUCUGCUGCAAGAGGACGGCAUUGUGGGCGGCCUCUGCGCCCCAAAGCCCCAGGGCGGCGGUCUCGGGGGCUGCCUCCUGCAGCGCGCUCUCUGGGCCGGUCGGCGGCGGGAGCGCAGGGCUGAGGGGAGCCGCGACCUUUCUCUGGCGUCCCGGGCGAGCGCAGAUACCUGUUUGUUGGGAAGGAUCUGUUCGAUGCUCACAUACACAACCUGACAAAUCAGAAGACGGAAGGCUGAUUUAUACUGGGAAUCUGGCCCGAGUAGUAUUUGGUGUGAAGUGUUUCUCUUAUUCUACAAGUGUGAUCAGCUUGGCAUGUCUCCCAUACUUUCUUACACAAAAUAUUAUUCUAUCUGAAAAUCUUCCUUUGCAAAUCUUAUUUUUUGGCAUCAUAGGAAGCUUUACAGUGAUUACUCCAAUGCUGCUUCACUUUGUGACAAAAGGCUAUGUCAUUCGGUUGUACCAUGAGGCAGCUACAGACACUUACAAAGCCAUUACUUACAAUGUUGUGCUUUCAGAAACAAGUACAGUGUUCCACCAGAAUGACGUGAAGAUUCCAGACAGCACACAUAUGUUUACUACAUUUUUUGCUAAAACAAAAUCACUGUUAGUUAAUCCAGUGCUCUUUCCAGACCCUGAAGACUAUAUCCAUCUAAUGGGUUAUGACAAACCAUUCACUUUUGAUAUGGAAGAAACCAGUGAAAACAAACAGGUUAAGGAGGAGAAAUGAGCAUAUUGUUUUUAUGUGUGAUUAAAUGUGAUUUAUGUUUCAAUGUAUAAUAAUAAAAUUGUCUUUACUUUUGUA